UUGUAUCUUAAUUUGUACCAAUUUAAAAAAUUGCCUUUUGUUUUAUUUAUUAGUCUCUUAUGAGUGUGGGAUUCGAACUUUGAAAUGAACGUCUGGAUGUAAAAUAUUCAUCCUGUGCGCUAUAUCUGUAUGGUAAUUGGUUGGGCACGUCAGGUUUGAAUGCUGGAAUCCAUAAGUUAACAAUAGUACGUUAGUGCCAUAGAAUGGUAAACCGAGUUAAGCAUUACUUUAGCAUUGGUCGCUAUGUACCGGUACUUCAUUUCCAAUAGAAAGCUCGUUGUGUCGACGAUCAUCGCUGGAACAUGCUUUUACUUCUUGCAGAUCUCAUUCUGGGCUUAUACUUUUGAAGACUAUAAACCAAUCGGGAUACUGUACAAUUUAGUGAAGAACUCUACAACAUUCACAACGAAUAUACGCACUUUAAGCAACAGUAACUAUAAGCCUUCACGUGAUUAUACAGACAAUUGUACUGAAUGGACAAAUAAAGAUUACAACAGAAGUUUAACAGUACGACUACAUUGCUAUGAAUUUAAUAAAAGGAGAGAAGGAAUCUUAAAUAUACAAAAAGAGGAGAGCGAAGUAUUUUUUGUUUCUUAUAUUAAUCAAUCAUUACAAUAUGGAAGAGAUAUAUGCGUGAGGCUUGAUUCUUACGUUUUGAACGGUACAACUGUAAAGCCAACGAACGGAGGAGAUUUCUUUUUUGCGAUUUCCAACAGUAUACGCGUUGGAAAAGAGAAUUUCAGCACGGCCGGAAAGGUAAUUGACCAUUUAAAUGGUUCCUACUCUUUUUAUUUUGCGGCCGCAUGGUCAGGUCCUACAAACAUCUCUAUCUUAAGGGUCCACUCUUCUGAAGCAGUUGAAUGGAUCAGGGAGAUAAUGUGGAAAGUAAAAAGGAGAGUAUUCUGGACAGGGAUUUACAAAUGUCAACAGAAUCACAAAGAGGAAUCACUCUGUUAUGUUGAUAGACAAAACACUAACAAUGCCAAUUCUAGUAAGUUGUGUUUGUAUCGUAAUGUAGAAGCGCUUGGUAAAACAACAUUAACUUGUCAAAAACCAGCAAUAUGUAACUGUAGCCAGUUGUCAUCACACAAAGCAGCUCAGAAAAAAAUCCUCGAAAGAGCACAGUCUUUUCUGAAGAACAGAAUGAACCUCUUUAAAGGGAUCAACCUAGAGUUUUAUGUAAUCAAGAAUUUUGAGAUACACGUGAAAGAUUCAGGAAAGAAACAAAAGACAGAUGGAGUAUAUUCCUCUGACAUUCGCCGCUCAGAUGGUUUCUGGGUAAACAAUUCGUGGCAUUCGUUCGCAUGCACUGGGCGCCAUUUUGAAAAUCUCAAUAUUAAGGAGCUUUCAACCUGUUUACAGAACAAGAAAAUUUCCUUGCUAGGGGAUUCCACUUUCCGACAGUGGUUUCACGAACUCGUUGACAUUUUCAACAGGAAAAAACACUCAAAUAAGCUUCAAAUGUUCCAUCGUGUGAUAGACCAUAACAUUGACAUCUUUUUUCAAUUCCAUCCUCUUAUCCUUGGACAGAAAAUUAUUUCAUUUGCCAGUGUGAAAUACGAAAGUGAAAUUAUACGCGAAAUGCAUGAUUGUAACCGCGUUGUCGUUGUCGGCCCAUGGGCCCACUACGGCCAGUGGACAAAAGAGGGCUAUCUCGAUCGCCUUUACGGAAUCCGGGAUGCAGUCGUUGACUUUUUACAAAGGUGCCCAAAUGCAAUUGUUGCCAUAAAGGGAUCACAUCCGCGCAAUCAUAAAGAUAUAAAUGUUUACAUAUAUGGAAACGACUAUAUAUAUCGUCAAUACAAUCUGCUUUUACGAGAGGUAUUUAAAGGAAUUGGCGCAGUAUUUCUGGAUGUGUGGGAUAUGAACAUAUCAUAUUAUGCUUCAAAUACAUUACACAUGCCACAGGCCGUUAUCCGUCAGGAGAUGAAUCUAUUAUUUGCCUGCCACGUAUGUCGAUGACGUAGACGAUUGUGUCUCCGUCCGGACCAUUAUUUUGGUUAAGUUAGAUAUAGUUAAGGUAGUGAGUUAGUUACCGUAUAGAAUAAUCAAUUUACGGAUAGGUUAUGGAAUAAUUAUAUUGCUAAUAGAGACUUAUAAAUAUCUUGAGGUUUAGGCUAUAUUUCUCGUAGUCUUAAGGAAAAUAUUCAUGUUAACGAAACUAUAAAGAAAGGGAAUAGGUGAUUCCUUACAUCAAAUCAAUUGUUAAAAACUUUGAUGAUUUCAUUUGUGUUUAUUAUUUUGAUACCCUUUGGAAAAUGAUAGCUCUUCCAACAAUUAAUUACGCCAGCUCAGUGUGGGUCAGUGAGAUGAUUGGAAGCCGCAGUUGCAAAUGGCUCGUAACAUCCUUAAGGUCUUAUAUUGCGAACUGGGUUGGACACCCAUCUGUAUCAACCAAAAUAGGGUAAAAUACCUAUCAAAUAUACUCAUCCAAGAUCAACUUUGGCCAACCUGUUACCUAAUGCUGUUCUCUUUAGACAACCAAAAUACUUUACGAUACCAUUGUUUGAAUUGCAAGAAAACAUUGUAAGUAAUAUAAAGACGAGUGGUACGGCAGCUAAUCCACACUGGGUAAAACAACUAAAAAUGAAAGUAAUGAUAUGUUUAGUAAGCAAUGGUACGAUGAAACGUGUAAGAAAUCUUACACGUUUAUAUUAUAAACGUUGUAUGGUACAUUGUAUAAUUAUAUAAUGUAAUAUUUAAAUAUGAGCCCCGAUUGAAAAAAUAUUUAUUGGAUAAAACAAAUUAGAAUUGGAUAUAUGGGAACUUUUAACAUCAGGUGACCUUGACAUGAAACUAUGUAUUACUCUGUCGCUGUCCAUUAAACGCCGUAGUUAAUAAUUUUCACGAUACACAAUAUUUGAGAGAUUAUGUAAGUCAUAUGUAAAACGUGCAUGAUUACUUAAAAACAAGUAAGAAAGCAUUGCUUCUUAACAGGUAUACAUUGUACUCAGUAUGUUUAUGUGAUAUACUUUUAUGAUUUAUUUUUGUUGGUGAUUUUUGAGUAGUAUAGAUGUAAUUAAGUAUCUUUUGUUUAAAUUAUGAAUGCAACGACAUGUGGACAAGUGCCGCUGUUCUAAAAGAUGCUCCAAUAAAUUGGAUUGAUGCAGUAUAACGCCUGAUUUUAAUAAAUCGCCCACUUUCCCUACA